AUGGUGGACUACUACGAGGUGCUGGGCGUGCCGCGCCAGGCCUCGACCGAGGCCAUCAAGAAGGCGUACCGGCGGCUGGCGCUGCGGUGGCACCCGGACAAGAACCCGGACGACAAGGAGGAGGCGGAGCGGCGCUUCAAGCAGGUGGCGCAGGCCUACGAGGUGCUGUCGGACGCCCGCCAGCGCGACGUGUACGACCGCUACGGCGAGGCGGGCGCGGAGGGCGGCGGCCGCGGGCGCGCGGGGGGCGGCGGCGGCGGCGGCCCCUUCCAGGACCCCUUCGGGCACGUCUUCACCUUCCGCGACCCCGCCGAGGUCUUCCGGGAGUUCUUCGGCGCGCGCGACGCCUUUGCCUUUGAUUUCUUCGGAGACCCGUUCGAGAACCUUCUGGGCGGCCGCCGCAGCGGAGGCAGCAGCCGUCGCCCGCGCGGAGGCAGCCGCGGGCCCGCGUCGCUCUUCUCGACCUUGGGCGGCGACUUCCCGACCUUCGCGGGACGUUUCCCGGGCGCCGCCGACGGGGGCUUCACGGGCUUCUCGGCGGCGUUCGGGGGCCCCGCGGGGGGCCUGGCCACCUUCUCCAUGUCCACCGCCGGCGGCGGCGGCGGCGGCACGAGCCACUUCAAGUCCGUGUCCACGUCCACCGAGAUCGUCCACGGCAGGAAGAUCACCACCCGGAGAACCGUCGAGAACGGCCAGGAGAGGGUGGAAGUGGAAGAAGACGGAGAGUUAAAGUCGCUGCUCGUCAACGGCAAAGAGCAGCUGCUGCGCAUCGACACCCGGUAA